AUGGCUGCUGCUUACAGAACAACGAGGAGGAGGACCCGCCUUCCCAAGAGAACGAAACAGACGAUUCGGAAAGCCGCACAUAAGAAGCUCCUGCCAAAGCCGAGAAAGCCAAAUCUGAAGCAGGGGCGGAAGGUGGUAGACCAGGUAACGGCACCUGUAAAGCAGGAUGUGAAGCAUCCCUGCGAUGAGUUCAUCUCUAAAGUGUUGAGUCAGCUGCACCGCGACAGGGUGCCCAUAUCGACCAGGGCCAAAGGGAAGAUGAUCACCUUCAUAAGGAGGUUCUAUAACAAUAUGACUAACCACGCCAAGAGCAGCAAGAAAGCCCAGAGGACCUCCACCAUCGGCUCGCGGGAACUACACAAAGCACUGAAAGGUGUGCUGCGCAAGAACCAAGCUGCGGAGUUGGUGAAAUCCGUCCGCAAAGUGACACGGCGCCGAUAG